AUGUUAUUAUAGUUUAAUCCAGAGUAAUUUUUAGAUUUUUAAGUAGCAGCCAACAAAAUUCCUACAACUAAAUUGACUAUAAGGAAUGUUAGCAAAAAUUAAGUGCUUUUUAGAAUAAUCCCUGAGUCGAAUUCAAUAAAAUUAUCUAAGAGCUAUGGAAUAUUAUAUGAGUAAGAAUAAACUAGAAUAUCCAUAUAUUUAAAUAUAUCUAAGAAAAGGAUAGAGGAUAUUUAUCAAAAAAAGAUUAUUGUAGAAUAUAUAUAGUAUUUAGGGACUGAGAAUUGGGAACCUACUGAUUUUAUGAACAGGAGUAAAGGCGAAAAGUUUUAAAAACACGAAUUAGAAGUAGUUAUUAAUAAUAUUGGAUCAGCUGUUAGUUUUGUAACUUAAGAGUCAUAGGAGUUUGAAUAAAAAAUAAAGGCAUCUUAACUGUAUUAAAAUUAGAAUUAAACUGAUAUUGAUUUUACAAAGUUAGAUUAUUAAUCAUUCUGUGAAGAAAACUAAAAGAAUUUUGAAAUUUAAGAAGAAUAUGUUGAAAAUCUAAAUAUUUUAAAGCAGCUAAAUUCUGAAGAAAGGAAAAUUAAAUAAGAAAACUAGUCUAUAUAAGCUGUUAGUGGUAAUAAGCUUAGUUAGUUUUCAGAAAUAAAAGGAGCUGAUAUGGUUCAUUCAUUUAAACCUUAAAAUGUAGGAUAAAAUAAUAUUAAUUUGGAGCUUUAAAAUGGUCUAGGAACUUUAAACUCUUCAAGACACUUCAUUUAAAACCCUAUGCUGAACUCUCUAAAUAUGCAAGCUUCUGAAUCAGAAUUCCAAACAGGAAACUUUGGCACCGUUGGUAUUAAAGCUGAUAAUUUCUAAGAAAUGAUUACCUCUUAAAAAUAAUUAUAAAUAAAGGAAAAACAAAUGUAAUAACAUGAAUAAAAGAAUAAGUAAUAGCUGAGUUAAUAUGCUAGAAAUGACGAGUAGUUAGCCAAUUCAAGUAGGGAAGAAGAAAAGCAUAAUAGUCAAGUACCAAGCUAAACAAAAGAAAAAAUAAACUUUUUCUCACAUAUUAAUAAUAAAAAUAUGAGAGACAAUCCUCAAAUAGUAUUUAAUUAGCAAUAGAAUUUGAAUGCUCAUAAUCAUCAAAAAUCUAACUCAUUAACAGACAUUAAUUAAUUUAUCUAAAAUAAUAGUGAAUUAAUUAAAGAUAAAUUUUCUAAAAGUACACUAAUUUAACAAGAGCUUAGACAUGAACAAAAUAAAAAAUUACAUAAUCUGAAUGGUAAUUAGAGCUAUGAGCAACAUUUAGACCCAUAGCUUAAUUCAAAAAACAAUUUUCCAACAAGUUAAAAAAUGUUAAAUCUUAAAACUAAUUAAAAAAUUAUUUCAGCUAAUCAAUCUCAUUCUGAAAAAAAUGCUGUAGUUGGAAAUGAAAUAGGUCCAGAUGAAAGCAAUAAUAACUUGAUGUAAUUUGAUCAUUAUUAGAGUGAGCAUUCUGAAAAUGUACUUUCUGAUAAUCUAAGUGAUUAUAAACAAAAAAGAGAGAGAAAAAAUAGCGAAAAUGUAAGCAUUUUAGAGAGCGAGCAUUUAAACGAAGAUAUUGCUAAUAUUCCAUAUUCUCAAAGAGAAAUUACAGAAAAAAAUAAGAUAGACUAAAGGGAUAACUAAUAUUCAGGAAAUAGAUAAUCAUUUUAAAAUUUAUACUCAGACUAAAAAAAUACAUCGAAUUCAUCUUUUGAGUAUUAAUCCAUACACUAUGGGUCAGUUAAUUAAUUUAAAGAAUAUUCAGGAUAUGAUAAUACAUCUCUCUCAUAAAAUUAUGCUUCGUUUUAAUAAGAGUAACUAAAUUCCUCAAGAUAAUAAAAUGUAGCUAAUAACUAGGGUUUAAUUUAAAAUUAGAAAUUAUAAUUAGAAAAUGAAUUUAAUGAGUUUUCUGUAAUAGGAGAGGAAUAGUCUCAUUAAGAUAAAGAAAGCGAUUAAUAAAUUUAAAAUAGACCAAGCACUCAAUCUAAUAUUAGUAAAAAUGGUACCACCUAAUAGCAGAGUCAUGAUAUUGUGUUUGAUUAAUAAUUCAAUUAUGAGAAAUAAAAGAAGAAAUAAUUUUAAUUUUCAAGCCUAUAAGAUGUGGAACCUAACAACUAAUAAUAAAUUAUUACUUAAUCAAUGAACCAUUUAGCAAAAUAUAAUAGAUUAACAUUAGGAACUGAAGGGAUUCACAAAUUUCAUAAUAGUUAAUUAAAUGAUGAUAAAAAUUCUAACUAAAUUUUUAACUUAUUAGAUCCUAUAAAAAAAAAUAAUCUAGAAAGUAAUAAUCAGUUAGGAAGCAGCAUUAAAUUAGAAACACCAAAAAGGAAUUCUAUUUUAGAAAUUUAAAGUUAAAUUCAUAAAAGAUAAUUCUCACAAGAUUAGAAUGAUGCCUUUGAUACUGAUUCUUAAAAGGCAGGAUAUUGGAAAGAAAAAUAUGAAAUCGCAGCUAAAAAAGAAUCAUAAUAUAAAAAGAGCAUAGAAGAAUAAAAAUAAACUCUGUAGUUUUUAAAAUCUGAUAUAAACAAACUCGAAUUUUUGCAUAGAAUGGAGAAACCUCUAAAUACAGCACCAUAAGAAAAAAUUGAAACUAAUUAAGCUAAAUUUUAAGCUUGGCAUCUGAUAUUUUUAGCUAUAGCUUCAGCAAUUUUUGGUUUUAUGAUGAAGAAAUUAACUUUAUGA